AUUUUGAGAGAGAGAGAGAGAUAUGGGUUUUUAUCUGUUGCUUCAGCUCUUCUGUCUAGCAGUAACAAUAAAAGAAUUAUCAUCACAACCUCCCGUAACAUCGAAGCCGGGCUGCACUCCCAAAUGUGGGAACGUUCACAUUCCCUACCCGUUUGGCAUCGGCGAAGGCUGCCACAUUGGCAUGGGAGGCUUCAAUAUCUCCUGCAACAACACUUUUAAACCUCCGAAACCAUUUUGGGGAAAGCAUGAGGUAGUCAACAUAUCAUUAGCAUCGGGCAUAAUGAAAAUUUCAAACAAUAUAAGCUACGAGUGCGACAACAAGACGGGAGGAUUGGACAACAAUAUAAGCUACUCCGACAAUGGGCUCAGCUUGAAUGAAAAUUACUCAUUCACAUUCUCAAAAACCCUUAACAGAUUCAUGGCCAUCGGUUGCAAUACCGUGGGCUUGAUCUUUGAUUCCUGGAAUGGUAACUUGUUUAGCAGUUGUUCAUCAUUGUGCAUAGGCACCAAUGAUAGCGCGAUCGACGGCACUAGCGCGACCGAGGACACUUGCUCUGGGACAGGAUGUUGCCAAACCGACAUCCCAAAGGUUUUAAAGAGAUACGAGGUUGGCGUUUAUAGAAGAUUGUUUAGGAGAAAUGUCUCAAGUUUCAAUUCGUGCAGCUUUGCCUUUCUCGGGGAAAAAGAAGCGUUCAGUUUCAAACGUUCGGAUCUGAACGAUCGCAACUUUUUGAAAAGAAACAAAGCCAUUCCGGUGGUGGUUGACUGGGCCAUCGGAAAUGAAACAUGCGAGAUCGCACGGAAGAACUCGGCCACCUUCGCUUGCGUGAGUGAGAAUAGCUACUGCUACAACUCGACUAACGGUCCCGGUUACCGGUGCAAUUGCACUGAAGGUUUCCGGGGGAGUCCUUACCUCCAUGGAAUUGGAGGAUGCCAAGAUAUCAACGAGUGUGAGAAGGAUCACCAGAAGACACUUUGUCAACAUGAUUGCAUAAAUCUGCCAGGAAAUUAUUCUUGUUCCUGUCGAAAGGGUUACCAUGGACUCCACGAUGAUAAGAGAGAAUGCAUUAAAGACACAAAUGAAUUUCUAGUGACCAAUGUUGUUCUAGGUAUUGGCUUAAGUCUCUUAUUUCUACUCAUUGGUAGUCCUUCCUUGUAUUGCGUGUGGAGGAAAAGAAAGCUCAUCAAACUCAAAGAGAAAUUCUUUCAACAAAAUGGAGGUUUGCUAUUGCAAGAAAAGAUCUCUUCUUGUCAAUCAUGUACUGAGCCAUGCAAAAUCUAUACUACAGAAGAGUUGGAAAAGGCAACAAAAAACUAUGACAAAAACCAAAUUGUUGGUCAGGGAGGCUAUGGCACAGUUUACAGAGGAAUUUUACCAGACAAGAGAAUUGUUGCUGUUAAAAAGUCCAAAAUAGUGGAUGAGUCCCAAAUCGAGCAAUUUAUAAAUGAGAUCCACAUCUUAUCUCAGAUCAACCAUAGGAACAUUGUAAAGCUCGUGGGUUGCUGUUUAGAAGCUGAAGUUCCCAUCCUGGUUUAUGAAUUUAUUUCCAAUGGAACCCUUUCCCAGCAUAUCCAUGAUGAGGGCCGUGUGUCGUCAAUUUCCUUGGAAAAUCGUUUAAGGAUUGCUGCAGAAACUGCAGGGGCACUUUACUAUUUACACUCGGCAGCUUCCACACCCAUUUUUCAUAGAGAUGUAAAGUCUGCUAACAUACUUUUGGAUGAUAAUUUCACAGCAAAAGUGUCUGAUUUUGGAGCUUCAAGAUUGGUUCCGUUAGAUCACACUCGGAUAACGACAUUGGUGAUGGGGACAUGGGGAUAUUUAGACCCAGAGUACCAUCAAACAGGCCAAUUAACAGGAAAGAGUGAUGUUUAUAGUUUUGGUGUAGUUCUUGUGGAACUCUUGACGGGUGAGGGGCCCGUUUCUUCCACUAGAUCCCAAGUUAAUAGAAGCCUUUCUAGCUACUUCCUCUCAUUGAUGAAAGAGAAUCGGAUCUUUGAAAUUUUAGCCGAACGAGUUCGAGAAGAAGGGACAGAAGAACAGCUCAUCGCAGUUGCUCAGCUUGCUAAGAGAUGCUUGAACCUUAAGGGGGAAGAACGACCCACAAUGAAGGAAGUGGUGGUGGAGCUAGAGGGCUUGAGAAGGUUUCAUGAACAUCGUUGGGAACCAAUGAACCAUGAAGAGACUGAGAACUUGCUAGGUGAACCUGGACCUUGGCAGGGCUACAUUGGCAAUGUAACAAAUGAAUAUAGUGUUGAUGGCGAUGCCCUAUCAUCACUAGAGAUGGGGCGUUGAUUUGUUGGACACGGUGGUGGAUUGUGCAAAUCCAAAACCAUGUAAGGAUCUCUUGUGCUAGCUGUUGAUAACGUGUGAAUGCCGUGUAUGCUAGCUGUGGUGUUGAGAUUUUAUUUUAUUUUUUUCUAAGUUUAGUUUGCUAGCUGGGUUAAGAUAACAAUAGAUAUUAUUCUGGAUUUCUUCUAUGUUUGGCUGCCCCUAGGAUGUAUCUAGAUAGGGAUAAAUUAAUUAUUUUGCCUUAGUAGAAAAGCCUAUAAAAGGCACCACUGUAAUCGUUCCAAUUUAUUCAAAUUCAAUAAACAGUAGUUCUC